AUGAUGCUACAACGAGCUCCACAAAGAGCUAUUAUUUGGGGAUUUGGAGAACCAAGCAAAUUAACUACACUUCAAAUAAAGAAUAAAACUUACACAACUAUUAGUCGAGCAGAACUAGAAAAUGAUUCAGGUGAAAGUAUGUGGUCCAUUGUACUAGAUCCAAUUUCUGACGAGGGACCAUAUGAUAUUCAUGUUACACAAAAAUUAGCUAAUGGUUCACUCUUUACUAUAUCACUUCAUGAUGUAUUGUUUGGUGAUGUAUGGAUAUGUUCAGGACAAUCUAAUAUGCAAAUGGCAGUCAUAGAUAUUUUUAAUGCAACAGAAGAAAUAAAUAAUGCUGGCAAAUAUCCUAAAAUUCGAGUAUUUACAGUUGCAUCAAAACUAUCUCAUACACCUGUAGAAGAAUUACUUGGUAUUACUCAGAAUUGGUCUGUUGCAUCACUACAAAGUAUUGGUGGACCAUCAUAUACUUAUAUGUCAGCUGUAUGUUGGCUUUAUGGUCGUAUGAUUCAUGAAUCACUAGAUGGUCGACCUAUUGGACUUAUAGCUACUAGUUUUGGUGCUGCAGCUAUUGAGUUGUGGAUGCCACCUGAAGUUGUGCAAGAUUGUGGAAUUUCAUUAAAUAACACAAUACUAUUACCAAUAUAUGGUCAGUCUGUAACAUGGGUAAAUGUUAGUAAUUCUUAUGUGUUCAAUACAAUGAUUUAUCCAUUUACACGUAUGGUUAUUUAUGGUACUAUUUGGUAUCAAGGUGAAGCCAAUGGUGGUUAUCACACCGAUAAAUAUGCUUGUACAUUUGCAAAAAUGAUUCAAUAUUGGAGACAAACAUGGAAUUACCGCACAGGUAAUUUAACUGAUCUUUACUUUCCAUUCGGUUUUGUUCAAUUAUCAACAUGGUCAAAUACAAGUACAUUAAUUGAUGCUUUUACCAUUCUUCGAUGGCAUCAAACAUUUGAUGUUGGCUAUGUACCAAAUAAUGUUGUUCCUAAAGUAUUUAUGGCUGUUACUUUAGAUCUACGUGAUGAUCCUAACAGUUAUCAUCCUCGAAACAAGCAUGAUGUUGCCUAUCGAUUAUCACGUUCAGGUCUAGCUGUUGCUUAUAAUCAACAAGUGGAAUUUCAAGGUCCUAUUGUAUCAAGUGUCAGUUACUCCAAUGGUAGUACAACGGUAAAUAUCACUUAUAUGGCUGUACAAGAUAUUGAUUUACGAAAUUCAAAUGGAUUUGAAGUUUGUUGUAAAGGUUCUAAAUGUCACGAUGAUAGCUUAUGGGUACCAGCAACUAUAUCUAGCAAAAAUGCUUUGACUAUUACAUUAACACUAUCAAGUUCAUGUAUUGGACAGUCAUUAUUUGGUCUUCGUUAUUUAUGGCGUACAACACCAUGUCCAUUUAAACAAGCGCUUCUGUACAGUUACACAGAUCGCAAUUUACCCUCACCACCCUAUUUGAAAUUUUUCUAA